AUGUCAAUUAUAUUAUAAAUCCCAAAAAGAGACAUUCUCAUUGAUCUACACUCUAAAAUUAGUUUAAUUUCCAAAAACUAUGCAAAUCUAAUUUUUAUAAUGGAACUCUUUAUUACUAUGUUAAAAGACUACUUAGUAUCAAUAAAAGCUGUAAACCCAUAUGUAACAAUAUUAAAUUUCUUAUAAUAUGAAGAUUAAUUCAAUCCAUUAUAAGACUAUCUAAAAAUAAUUAUAUUAUAGCAUAACGAAGAUGGAUUUUAGGCAUGUACAAAGAAAUCAGAUAUUUAUAUUUAAUUUAAUUAAAUGCUCUUUAAUUAUAAUCGUAAACAUUCUAUAUUUAGAUUAAUUUUAAGAGUAUUUUAAAUUUCUAUAAUAAAUAAAUAGAACUUAAAUAGAUAGCAGACUUCGUUUUGUAUUAGGAUUACUCCUAUAUUUUUGCUGAUCUUUUUGAAGUUAAUUGUAGAAUUGAAUGUGAUAAGAAAGUCCUAUGUGAAGAGGGCCAACAAUAAUUAUUACAACAGACUAUAUACCAUCAAGCGAAGUAAAGAGCUGUUAAUUUGA